AAAAAUAAAAAUCACCAAUCAAGAUCAUUAUAACCUUUCAAAGAUUUUUAUCAUUCCCUCUUCAUUCAUUCCCUAACUUUCAACUCUUUCUCACCGACGUGCAACCCAUUUCAAUGGCCACCGCCGAUAACCUUUCCACCGACAGCGGCUUCACUCGCCCUGAGAUGUACACUGAAAAACUCGCCGGCACCGUCGACGCUUACGACCGUCACGUUUUCCUCUACUACAAAAACCACCUCUCCUGGCCACCACGUGUCGAAGCUUCCGACGAUGAUCCUCUUCCCAAACUCGUCGCUGCUACGUUUAGAGCUCGUAAGAACGACUUAGCUCUCAAGACGAAGAUCACUGUGUGUGAAGCAAGUGAGGAAGCUGGUUUCGCUGAUGGUGACGUUUUGAUUUUCCCUGAAAUGAUUAAAUAUAGGGGUUUGGUGGAAUCAAAUGUUGAGAGCUUUUUCGAAGAUGUUUUGGUGAAUGGUAAACCAUGGGCUAUUGGAGUGCCGGAGGUUUUAACUGGUUCACAUGUUUAUGUAUGUGCCCAUGGAAGUCGUGAUGUUAGAUGUGGUACUUGUGGGCCACUUCUCAUCAAGAAUUUUAAUGAGGAAAUCGAACUUCGAGGUCUGAAGGAUCAAAUAUCUGUUACUGCUUGUUCUCACAUUGGUGGGCACAAGUAUGCUGGAAAUGUAAUCAUCUACAGUCCAGGACCAGAUGGAAAAACUAUUGGUCACUGGUACGGCUAUGUUACUCCUAAUGAUGUUCCUGAUUUGUUGGAUCAACACAUUGCAAAAGGAGAGGUCAUACAAAGACUUUGGAGGGGACAAAUGGGGCCGUCUGUACCAGAAGUGGAGGGAGCGAAUGACCAGAAACUUGUUAAUGGAGGACUUGCUAAUGGAGACCAUGCCAACAAGACUGAAAAGAAGAUUGAAAGUGACAGUGUGAGCAGGGACGAAAAUGUGACUGGUGGUUGCUGCCAGGGUGCUAAUGGGGUUUCUUGUUGCAGUUUUCCAAGUCCUGCACAAACCAACAAGACUAAGGAGAGCAAAAUCUGUAAGAAUUGGCCUGUAUUGAAGGAGCGUGAUGUUCUCACAGCUGUUGGUGUGCUUGGAGCUGUGGCUGCUGUUGCUGUGGCUUACAAACUUUACAGAAGGUCAGGAUGAAUUAAGCUCUAAUAAUGUGUUAUAGUGCUGUUUGGAGACAUUUUUUUUUGGUCGAUGUACAAUGAAGCAAGAAAUAAUUACGAAAACCAGCUAUACGAAGACUACGAAAUAUUGGUAUGUCAAAGGAUGAUAGUAAAAGUCUAGCAACAGAUAUAGUGAUAAAAGCUUUAUUGUUCUUUUUGAAUUCAACACAAUUAUUGAUUGUAUACGCUGCUGGGUGUCCCCUUAUGUUUGCGUUACUGAUAUUCUAUUAAUUCGAAGUUUUUUGUGAUGAAA